AUGGUACAUUGCUUAGUACAGUGUGGGGACAUCAAUGUGCACGAAAUCAUAGCUGAAGGGAUCCAGGAUUCAGCCGAGAAGAAUGAUCCGGGUGCUAGACUUUGUUACCCUCCAGCGCAACAACAAAGAAGACCUCAGAUAGGGAAAAGAACUGCACAAGAAGAGCCUCACCAAGAAGAACCUCACCAAGAAGAACUUCACCAAGAAAAACCCCAACAAACAGGGUACCAGCAAGAAGGGCAAUAUGAUCCAACCAACAUAAAUCUGUUUCACAUUCAAGGAGCCAUUGAGGAUUUGCCAAGGAGAUAUAUGGAGGGACAAGAACAACAACUGCAUGUUCAAUCUCAAAGGAUAGAUCGUCAAGAAGAACUACUUUCUGGUUGGAUGGAUCAACAAAGAGAGUGGCAGAAACAGCAAAUGGAGUUGCAACAGGAGCAUUACUCCCAGCUCACCCAAGCCAUCAAUCAAGUGACUGAAAGGCAAGAGAGCCAAGACAAACACCUUCAAGAACUCAACCAACGCCAGAUAGCCUAA